UGACGCCCACUAACGUCUGACGUCUAACGCUGACACUGGAAUCGAACCGCAAACGAAUUCGCAUAGCUGAUCGAUCCACUACUGUAGACUCCUAGGCCCACCCAUCCACCACCUUGGACAGAAUCAUAUACCAUACAAUUGUUACAACCGUUCCUAAAUAAAACAAUGGCAACUAAACGUAAAAUGACAACAGAAGAAUAUUCUGAAGCAGUUCCAGGUACUUCUAAAUCUUCAAAGAAAUCCAGUAAAAAAAGGUCCAGAUCUAAAAAAGGAAAAAAAACAGAAGUAGAAACAGAUAUAAAAACAGAAAUAGUAACAGGAAAGUGUGAAACAACGAGAUGGAUGAAGAAGUAUUUAAAGCUGCAAGAGGAUGUGGGACCCGAUGAAACACAUGGUGAACGUCUUGGAGGACAUGUUACCGAUAUUAUUCAGAAACUUAAUGUGGUUAUUGUAAAAGUACUCUCUCCAAGUAAUCUUCUGUUCUUUGGAAGCCCAUUAUUUUUACAUUGUUCAGAAGUGAAAAACUGUAAUACAGAAUUUAUGUUUUUGGGUUAUAUUGAUGAUAUAUUUGGAUCAAUUGGAGAGCCUAUGUAUUCUGUACAGAUAAAGUGUGAUGUGAAUAAUAUUUCGAAUAAUAAUGCCGAAGCAUAUUAUUUUCCGGAUAAUCCGAAUACUUUUGCUUUGACUGUUGAACGUAUAAGAAAUAAGUUAAAGAAUAAAACAAAAUACCGACUUACAAAGAAAAAUAUUUGAAAAUUUCGACUAAUCCUUUUUUUUAUUAAUUAACAAAGUGUGUAAACUAAUGUAUUUCUUUUGAUUUGUAGACGAAUAUGUAUCAUGACAUUCUUUAAUAAUAAUAAAUGACUGUGCGGAUAAAAGUA